AUGAAAUAUGAAUUGAACGGGAUUCAAAUUCAGAAACUUGCUAACCCAGGUAUAACUACAACAUUGAAAGGAUACUGUUCGUAUAAUAAAUCGGACAUAGUGUCACGCUAUAACGCUGCCUGGGAUGAUGAUAUUAAAUAUUUUAAUAAAGAUUUUAUUGAGAGCGGUAUGUUCAACGGGUGUAUUAAUCUUAAGGAUUUGUUUGGUUUUUGCGAGGACUAUAAACGUAUUUUAAUAAACUGCAAUCAACAAUUCAUAUUAAAUAGAGCUUCAAUAGAUAUAAAUGCGGUUAAGCAGUAUAAAAACAAUGACGUUGUUCUAGACGCGCCUAAGCUAAAAGUCGUUAAGAUAAAUAUCACGAAAAUAUUGUGGAGAAUGCCUAUAAUUAAGGUCAGCGACAGAGAAAAAAUACAGCUGUUGAAAAUAGUAAACCGUCAGAAACCUUUGAAAUGUGCGUUUAGAUCAUGGGAGUUGUGUGAAUACCCAUUUCUCCCUCAAAACACAUCACACUCAUGGAAAGUAAAAACAUCCAAUAAAUUAGAAAAACCACGAUAUGCUAUAAUCGGAUUUCAGACCGAUAGAAAAAACAGUAUGAACAAAGCAAUGUCAUAUUUCGAUCAUUGUAAUAUCAAAAACUUGAAGGUUUAUUCGAAUUCCGAGGUAUUCCCUUACGAAGAUUUUCAAAGCGACUUUACUAGGAACAAGAUGGCUACAUUAUACCGCGCAUACGCCGAAUUUCAGAAAUCCUACUACGGUCGUGAUAAUGUUACACCUCUAUUGACUCGAUCGGAUUUCAAAAAACUAUCACCAAUUAUAGUUGUGGAUAUGAGCAGACAGAACGAUAAUGUAAAAACCUCGACUGUCGACCUCAGGAUUGAGAUCGAUACCGAAGAAGCGUUUCCAGCCUCCACCUCAGCAUAUUGCUUAAUAUUACAUGACCAGAUAAUAAAUUAUAAUCCAUUUAACGGUGAAGUAAGAACAAUGUAA